AUGCUUUCCGCUCCGCUGCCAAAAAAGAGUAAAAUCAAUACUCCUCUGAUUAAAUCGACGCCUUUCCCCAUCAAAAUUGAGAAUCCAAUCGUUCAAGAAGUCGGUGAUUUGAUGCCUCUUAUGGAUCUAUCGACAUCUGCAUUCCCUCCAUUAGCUUCACAACAAGGAGUUUUCGACAUGGAUAUGGAGUCUGAAAUUGGAAAUAUUUCGAAUAUUUCGUCAAUCAAUACACCGCAAUUCAGCUUCGAUGAGGACUCUCGUCAGAUCUCCCAUCAAAUUAUGCGAGUCGCUGCCAACUCAACGAAAGAUCGUCAAGACUGUUUCAGACAACUGUUAUUCGCAACGGUGUUUGCAUUUGAGAGCUCUCCGAAAUGCACCAACGUUGAAGAAUUCUUCCGAAUGAUGGGCGAACGAUACGCAAAGAAAAAAAAGCAUGCCUCUCAAACAGCGACAAGUAGUCGCAGCACACCAAGAAAUUUGGGUCUGGAUGAGAAUCGGACUGCUUCAACACCAAAAACGAAGAAAAAACGAUCGAAAACCGCGCCGAAGAAAUAUCGGCAAGAAGAAGAGGAUUUGGAAGCGAUGGAUGAUGACAACGACCGGUCCGAGGAACAACCAGAAAUCGAUUCGGAUUUUGUAGUGUCUAUGAAUCAAGAAUCUGAAAAUCACGGAAACAGCGAUGAAGUGAUCGAUCUAUUUGAAUCGAAUGAAGAUGAAACUGAAGAAAAGCCACGUCUGAUGCUCGCCGCUCCGCUGCCAAAAAAGAGUAAAAUCAUUACUUCGCCUUUCCCCAUCAAAAUUGAAAAUCCAAUCGUCCAAGCAGUCGGUGAUUUGUUGCCUCUUAUGGAUCUAUCGACAUCUGCAUUCCCUCCGACAGCUUCACAACAGGGAAUUCUCGACAUGGAUAUGGAUUCUCUAAUCGGAAGUGUCUCAAACAGUUCAUCGAUCAAUACACCGCAAUUUAGUUUCGAUGAAGACAUUCGUCAGAUCGCCCAUCAAUUGUCUCGUGUUGCCACCGCCCGUCCAGAAUGUCAUGAUGCCCUCCGUGAAGUUCUAUAUGGAACGAUUGUUGAAUUUGGAAAUGGAGGAUUCAAUGGCAAUGUUGGAGAGUUCUACAAGAAAAUGAACGGUCGUUAUAACCAUUGA